AUGUUCACUUCGACAAAUCAAGCUCCGGAGGAUGUAGCAAUCGUCGAGCCACCUCCAGAGAUCAGAAGCUCGGUUGAGAAAACUGCACUUUUGGUUUCCUGGACAGUGGCGGAGAUGGAGAGGAGGAUCAUGGCCAUUAGUAAGGAUACUGAAGAUUUCAACUUUCUGAGGAAUCAAGAUAUAGAUGGGUGCCUCCGACCUGAUCCUUUAGCUAAGUUAAAAGGUGAUGCACAACCUCGUCCUCCAGCUACUCUCCCUGAAGGAUUCAGUACUCGAAAGGAGCUUUGUACUGUUAACCUCACAGCCGAGUAUGUGGCACGGUAUGGAGUGGAUUUUUGGUUACAUUUGUAUAGGAAAGAGCAUAUGAACCCUCAAUUUGAGUUUCUGACGCCAGCUGAUAGCAAGUUCGAGUAUUUCGAUCAGGUUGCUGUUUUGAAGUCGGAAGUAAUAAAGCGUUCUGAAAAGCUGACUAGUGAUCGUAUGGAGAUUGUUAUCGAGGGUUUUUUCUAUAAUCUUCAUCGUUUAGAGGAAUUGCGGAUUCAGAAGGAGGGAAUGGAAAAAGCUCCGGGUAAGAUUAAUUUGUCUGCUUCUUCUGUUGGUGGUGGUGAUGGUCGUUUUGCUCACAUCAAGGACGAAGAUUUGCCACUACUUAAACACCCUUUGACGAGGAAGAACUUUCUAUCAGAAAGGCAGCCUGCUAUGCUUCCACUGGGAUCUCAGCUUGCUCUUCUUCAAGCUCAGCAGGAGAAAUCCUAA